GCGGGCGGCCCCGGCGGCCCAGGCGCGGAGGGGGAGACGGUCCCAAGAUGGCGGCGCUGCAGGCGGAGCGCGGGUACGGGCUGUCCUGCGGCCGCCUCGGCCGCGGCACCCGCGUCUCCGUCUUCCACGUCAAGCUCACGGAGAGCGCCCUACGCGCCUUCGAGAGCUACCAGGCCUGUAAGGAUGCUGUGACGUCAAAACCAGUCAUCCAGUUUCAAGGAAGCCAAGGGCACAUCGCCAUCCCGAGGCCCGAUCGACCGGCGGAAGUGCGGACCUUCACCUUUUAUCUCUCCAAUAUUGGCAAGGACAGCCCCCAGGGGAGCUUUGACUGCAUCCAGCAGUAUGUGUCCAGCAAUGGCAAUAUCCAUUUGGAUUGCCUGGGAAGCAUACAGGAUAAAAUCACCGUGUGUGCUACUGAUGAUUCCUACCAGAAGGCGAGGCAGAGCAUGGCACAGGCAGAGGAGGAGACUCGCAGCCGGAGCGCCAUAGUCAUUAAACCUGGGGGGAGAUAUGUAGGCAAAAAGGUUCAGGUGCGUAAACCUGCACCAGGAGCUUCCGAUGCUGUUCCCUCCAGGAAGCGCCCAACGCCAGUCAACCUUGCCAGUGCAAUAAAGAGAGGCAAUAGUGCGAUUUCCCAGAGACCCUUCAAAGAUAGGGUUGUGCACUUACUGGCACUAAAGCCUUAUAAGAAACCUGAACUUAUUCUCAGAUUGCAGAAGGAUGGACUUUCUCAGCAGGACAAGGAUUUGCUGGAUAACCUUCUGCAACAGGUGGCAAAUCUGAGUGCCAAGGACAGCACUUUCACACUGAAAGAUUGUGUAUACAAAGAAGUGCAGAAGGACUGGCCUGGCUACUCAGAAGGAGAUCAGCAGUUGUUGAAGAGGAUCCUCGUUAGGAAGCUGUGCCAGCCCCAGAACAGCGGCGCUUUCCAGGGAGAAGCUCCUUCCCUGAGCCCUCCGAAGGACACCCUCAACUCCAGCUCUCCCCCUCAGAAACGACCCUUACCUGUGGAGUUCAUCGACCCCCUGGCCAACAAAAAGCCCAGGAUCUCCCAUUUGGCUCACAGAACCCAACCCACUCUCAACGGGAAGCUGAAUUCCUCCAACGGGAAGGACAGCCUGGCCCCCCCUGCCCUGCCCCCGGCUCUGCCCGAGCCCCCCGUGAGCUCCAGCUCCUCCCUCCCGGCCCUGGAGCUGCCCAGGCCCCACGAUCCCCUCUCGGAUGUCAGCAACGACCUGACUCACAACGGCAGAGACUGUGAGAGCAGCACGGAGCCUCCCGAGAGACUGAGUCACCCCCUGCCCACAGACUGUGCCCAGAGCAGCAAACACAACUGCGGCUCCUACGUCAAAUCCAAGAAAAAAUCCAAAAAGCACAAAGACAAGGAGAAGGAGAGGAAGGAGAAGAAGAGCGAGGAGAAGUGCAAAGAGGAGAAGCAGAACUGUGAAGUAAUAAAAAAUGCUGACUUAGUUAGUGUUCCCCAGGAGCAGGUCCCAGGUUUAAAUGGAACAUGCAAUAAUUCUAGUGUACCAACAUCAACUUCAGAAAUGCCAGAUUAUUUAUUAAAAUACGCAGCCAUUUCCUCCUCGGAGCAGCGUCAGAGCUACAAAAACGACUUCAACGCGGAGUACAACGAGUACCGGGACUUGCACGCCCGGAUAGAGCGGAUAACCCGACGGUUCACCCAGCUGGAUGCCAAGCUGAAGCAGCUUCUGCAGGGCUCUGAGGAAUACAAGACCAUCCACGAUCAAAUUUUACAGGAAUAUCGAAAAAUUAAAAAGACAAACCCCAACUACAGCCAAGAGAAGAACCGCUGCGAAUACCUCCACAACAAACUGGCCCACAUCAAAAAACUGAUAGCAGAGUAUGACCAGCAGCAGUUUUAGCUGCCACUCACCCCUGGACUGGGUAGGGCAAACCAAAAUCCAGUCACCCUGGACGUUACGUUCCCUUUUAUACACCCAAAAUCCCUUUCAGAGACGAGCAUUAAUUCCUCGUGGUUGAAGAACUUGGGGAUGACUUUAAGAUGCCAGAUCUGUCAUGUCCACGUCCAGCACGCUCCUCCCGAGUUUUUAAGCCUCUCUGAAUGUUGGAAUGUAACAAAUGGAUAACAAAAACAAACAAACAAAAAAAAAAACAAACAAAAAAAAAGAAAAAAAUUCUGCUUAUUUGAAGCCAGCGUUUGACACUUAAGGGAAAACUUGCCUAAAGUGACCGAAGCUCCCAAAGGUUAAGAAUCUGUAGUUUUCAUGGAUUAAAAGUUUGGCAUGAAGUUGUAAUAAUUCCCCAGCUCCACGUGGGUUACAAAAUUGUCCUACAAAUGGUGAGGAACUGGAAUUGCUGCUAGGACUGUUUGGAAUGAGAGCUGUGUGCUCCCGGCUCCGCGGAAAUACACCACGUUCCUUCCCUGAGCUCUCCUUGUCUGGCCCUGCUUUGUCAUUGGCAUCCUCGGGGGGUGGGGGGUGCUGGCAGCACAGGGGGUCCCCUGGGGGCUCAGCACUUUGGCCAGGGCAGAGGUGGAUCCCAAAAAAAAAAGAAAAAAAAACCAAACCCCAAAAUCCCCUUUUUUUUAUCUGCUUUGUGUGUUUGGGUGCAAAACCUCCUGCCCAGUCUGCCCAGUUCAGCUCCAGCCACCAGUGCUGGGGAGAUGGAGACCUGUCUGGCUUUGACUUUUCUAAUUUUCUACCAAGGCAGCCAAUUUUGUUAAUUGCUAAUGAGACUAUGGUCUAUUUUUAUAUCAAAGAAAAAAAAAAAAAAGCAUCUUUUUUCUAAAACUGUGCCUCCCUUUUCCUUUUAGGCCAAGUGCUUGGGACCCUUUCCUUGCAGUAUUACUAAAACUGACCCAAGAGUCACCCCAAGGAGUGACUUUAUUCCUUGAUCCAUGACAGGAGGGGGUGGGGGGUGCUCUGCUUUCUCCUGGGGUAUUUUUUUUUUGGUUUUUUUUGUGUCUGUGUGUGUGUCUUUGCAAGGCAGCAGCAAAUCCUUGUGAGAGCAGUAAGGUGCUGUUUUCCCACGCAGAUCCCUUCCACUGGUGUGCUUUAUCUCAGCCAGCUUCUCCCUGCAGUCCUGCUUCCUGAUUUUUUUAUUUAAUUCUUUACUUUGGAUUGAAGGGAACGUUUUAGAGUAUGGCCAGGGUGUGAGAAACACUCCAAAAAGCACAAAGGUGUCCUUUAACUCUGCUGUUCCUUUCUUUCUCUCCCCUCUCCCCUUUUUAAUCCUGCCAGCCUUUGGGAUUUGACUUCUUCCCGCUUCCGUUUAUCUCAAAGUAAAGGAUUCCUUCCCUGUGGAGUCUCCUUCCCUUGGAGGUUGCACUGAAGAGCCUUUCACCCUUUCAAGGAGAGGAAUGGCAGAGUUCAGGAGGGAAACACUUCUUACAACAAGGAGUUGUUUUGAGUUUGGUUUUUUUUUUUUUUUUCCCCUUGCCCCAAACAAAACGUGGGUCCAUCUGCUGUAUUAAAAAUAGGAGAUAAAAUGACUAAUUAUUAUUAUUAUUAUAUUAUAAUUUCAUUGUUGUCACACAGCCAGGGCCACUGCUUUUGCUUUGUCACUUUAUUCUGAGGUCUCUCCCUGUGCAUCCAGCGCUCAGCAGGGCUUGGCCAUCCCCUUCUCCAAGGGAAAGGUGACAGCCAGAGUGACACGGUGGCCCUUGCAAUGCCACCAGUCUUCCACUGGUCCUCAGCCCCAAACCUAUGGAGGAGGAGGGUGGAGAAGGCUCCUUCUGCCCAAGGAGCACAGGGGGAGCACCCCAGAACCCCCCAGGGCAUUCCUGCUGGGAAUCCCGGGGGUCAGGAAUGCUUUGCUCCCAUCCCUUCCUGCCCAUAUCAAUCCUGGAGGUCAGGGAGCCUUGGGGCAGCACCUCCUCCUGCCUCUGGUGCUUCUGGAAAACGCUGGGAGUUCUGGAGGCAAGGAGAUGUGUCUGGGAAUCUCGGUGCUCCAGGAACUGCAGCCGGGAAUUCUGGCCUGGAGCGGAGCCACAGGGAUCUGGGAGGGGAUGAGGAGGACCUGGAACAUCCCAAAUCCUCAGCCCCGCUCUGGGGAUUUGGGAGGGGAUGAGGAGGACCUGGAACAUCCCAAAUCCUCAGCCCUGCUCUGGGGAUUUGGGAGGGGAUGAGGAGGACCUGGAACAUCCCAAAUCCUCAGCCCUGCUCUGGGGAUUUGGGAGGGGAUGAGGAGGACCUGGCCUGUCCCAAAUCCUCAGCCCUGCUCUGGGGAUUUGGGAGGGAAUGAGGAGGACCUGGAACAUCCCAAAUCCUCAGCCCCACUCUGGAUCCAGGAGGGGAUGAGGAGGACCUGGCAUGUCCCAAAUCCUCAGCCUCACUCUGGAGAUUUGGGAGGGGAUGAGGAGGACCUGGCACAUCCCAAAUCCUCAGGCCCACUCGGGAUUUGGGAGGGGAUGAGGAGGUCCAGGCACAUCCCAAAUCCUCAGCCCUGCUCUGGGGAUUUGGGAGGGGAUGAGGAGGACCUAGCAUGUCCCAAAUCCUCAGCCCCACUCUGGGGAUUUGGGAGGGGAUGAGGAGGACCUAGCAUGUCCCAAAUCCUGAGCCCCACUCAGGAUCCAGGAGGGGAUGAGGGGGAUGUGGAACUUCCCAAAUCCUCAGCCCUGCUCUGGGAUUGUCACUGCACAGCCCAGCACCGCCAGCCCUGCCCAAGGCUGGGAUUUUGGGGUGGAAAAUCUGAAUUUCCCCAGUGCUUGGUGGGGGCUUCGUUGCGACUGCGGAGGAGGCGGAACUCGGGAUGGCAGAAGAGGCAGCAGCUCCAAAGCCAGGAUGAGUAAAUUCUUCCAUGGAAACACUUCUCCUGAUCCUUAAUAUUUUGAAAGGAGGGGGUUUUUUUGUUGUUGCUUGGGGAGGGGGGGGAUAGAGAUGGAUCUCAAUCUUUAUACAUCUGCUAUAAGAUAUUUUUGCAAACAGAGUUGUAUACAAAGAUGUAUUGUGUACAUUUACAUGUAUAUUCUGGAACUUCUAAAAAAUUUGAAUAUAAAAAAAAACCCUGAAAAUAUUUAAUUAAUUAUCCAAACUGUGAGACCCAAUUAGCAUCCACCAACUUCCUGCUUCACUUUUCUUUUGGACUGUGUUAAAGAAUUGUAGUCGAAUCUGCCUUUUUUUUUUUUCUUUUUUUUUUUUUUUUUUUCUUUUUAGAGACGAAGCUUAGGCAAAAUUUUGUGCUUUUUGGGUUAAUAGAAACCAGUUCUAGGUGAUUUAAGUAUGAUCUUAACUUAUUGAUACUGUGUUUUACUUUGUAAUAUUGUACUGUGGAUAAAAACUAUAUUGAGCCAUGGAGUUGGAGUUUACAAAAGAGCUUUUCACUUUGCCAAAAUGUUACAAUUUCAAGGCAGCAUAGUCUUCAGCUUUCCUAAUCUUUUUUCUUAAGAGCUAGUGUCCUUUUUUUGUACACUAAAAAAGCUGAAUGCUGAUUUUGCAACAUAUAAUAAAUUCACUGUAUUGGAA